GUAAAGUGUACGUAAUUUCCUUUAAUUAACGUGACUGACUAAACUACGCAAUUUACAAGAAAUAUUGUUAAAAUGGUAAAAGCAAAAAAAUUUGUUGUCGUUAAACAUUUUGAAGGUGAUCCUAAACCAUCGGAUUUGAAAUUAGUGGAAGAAGAAUUGGCACCGAUUACCGAUGGCGAAUUUCUUGUGGAAGCAGAAUAUCUAUCUGUUGAUCCAUAUAUGAGACCAUAUGUACUACAGUUUCCACUUGGCAUUACUAUGAUAGGUUCUCAAGUUGGUAAAAUAAUUGAAUCUAAGAAUCCAGAUUAUCCAGUUGGUAAAAGAAUAGUUGGAUAUUUUGGAUGGAGAACUCAUACAAUUGUGAAUACAAAAUUACUCCCAGAACUUGAACUUACUUCUCAAAAACCAUAUUUAUUACCAGAGAUAGGAGAUCUAUCUCCUUCUUUAAGUUUAGGAGUUUUAGGAAUGCCAGGAAAUACAGCAUACUUUGGUCUCAUUAAAAUCUGUUCGCCGAAACAUGGUGAAACACUUGUUGUAAGCGGAGCUGCUGGUGCAGUUGGAUCUCAUGUAGGUCAAAUAGCAAAGAAUGUUCUAGGUCUUAAUGUUAUUGGGAUUGCUGGUUCAGAUGAAAAAUGUAAAUGGCUAGUAAACGAGUUAGGUUUUAAUAGUGCUAUAAAUUACAAGAAGCAAGAUGUAUCUUUGGCAUUAAAAAAAGCAGCACCAAAGGGUAUUGACUUGUAUUUUGACAAUGUUGGAGGAGAUAUUUCUAGUACAGUUAUAUAUCAAAUGAAUCCCUUUGGUCGAAUAUCAUUGUGUGGUAGUAUUUCAUCAUAUAAUACAGAUCAUUCCUCUCUACCUAAAUGUAUAUUGGUACAACCAGCCAUGAUUUUUAACCAAUUAAAAAUGGAAGGUUUCGUAGUGACCCGUUGGAAUGAUCAAUGGCAACAAGGAAUACAACAGAAUUUGCAAUGGAUUCGUGAAGGCAAAAUUCAAUAUAAAGAAACUAUUACAAAAGGUUUUGAAAAUAUGUUUGAUGCAUUUUCUGGAAUGUUAAAAGGUCAAAAUAUUGGUAAGGCUAUUGUACAAAUAUAAAGUUAAAGAUUUACGACAAAUAUAAUG